GAUCAGACUUAGCUGAUGCCUGAUGAUGAGAUUUACGUGGGACGUCUUUACGGGGAAAGUCGUGAGGCAAUUUGGCUCGAUUCGCGCGACCGGUUCGCACAACAACAGCCAUCUUUUAUUCAGACGUUGUCCUGGCUCACGCGUGAUAUGACCCAGUCUCGAGAGGUUCUGGCGGUCAUGGAUGCUCACACAACCACCUUCGGUCGCAAGAGGGGUUGCACGAUCUCCCGGUGCGGCGCCUUCCUCUUAGCCGCGUUCUUCCUGAUCUGCUUGGUCGCCACUGGUUUACUCGUGUACCAUUUCGCGCCAUGCCUGGAGGAGAAGCAGAUGAAGCAAUGCAACGACUUCAUGGACAGCCCGCUCCUAAGGACUGGCAAGAGUUUCUCGGUGACGUCUACGAAGAAGAAGAUAGACGUCAGAUUACCGACAGCCGUUGUGCCUGAUUCGUACGAAUUGUGGCUGAUGCCAUUCAUAUGGGAGGGUAACUUCACCUUCCACGGCGAGGUGAAGAUUCUCGUGAACGUGACGGCGGAUACGAGCAAUGUCACGUUGCACGCCGUCGACAUGAAGAUCGACGAGGGCUUUACGAAUGUCAGAGAAUACUCGGCCAGCAGCAACAAGACCAAGACAGUUGGCAUCGUCGAGCAGAGGAACGACACUGACAGACAAUUCCACGUGAUCAGGACAUCAGACACGUUGAGAGCGGGCAAGCAGUACGUGGUGCAUCUCAGGUUCAUUGGCUACCUGAACGACUACCUGCAAGGUUUCUACAGGAGCUCGUACACGGUCGGCAAUCAGACGAGAUGGAUCGCUACAACGCAGUUCCAGCCAACGGAUGCGCGCCGUGCUUUCCCGUGCUUCGACGAGCCAGCUCUAAAAGCCAAGUUCCAGAUCAACAUAGCGCGUCCCAGAAACAUGACGUCCAUCUCGAAUAUGCCCAGGAAGGGAGAGCCGAUGCCAGUGCCCGGCUUGCAUACGUACGUGUGGGACCAUUAUGAGCGCUCGGUACCGAUGUCGACGUACUUGGUAGCCUUCAUCGUCUCCGACUUCGAUGUGCGGAAAUCCGAAGACGGUAACUUUGGAGUCUGGGCCCGUCACGAGGCUAUCAACCAGUCGCAGUACAGCUUGAACAUUGGUCCUAAAAUACUCAGGUAUUACGAGGACUACUUCAAGAUUAAGUUUCCUCUGCCGAAGAUGGAUAUGAUCGCUUUGCCAGACUUCUCCGCGGGCGCCAUGGAAAACUGGGGCCUGAUAACUUACAGGGAGACGGCGAUGUUGUACCAGGAAGGUGUAUCGACCAGCAGUAAUCAGCAGCGGGUAGCUACCGUGAUAUCUCACGAGAUUGCGCAUCAGUGGUUCGGAAACUUGGUGACUCCAAGUUGGUGGACGGAUCUUUGGCUAAAUGAGGGUUUCGCCAGUUACGUCGAGUAUAUCGGCAUGAAUGCGGUAGAACCGACGUGGAAGGUCCUGGAACAAUUCGUCGUUCACGAUCUGCAAAAUGUGUUUGCCCUGGACGCUUUGGAGUCCUCUCAUCCUAUAUCUAUCGUGGUCGGCCAUCCUGACGAGAUCAGCGAGAUCUUUGACAAGAUUUCGUAUGGAAAAGGUGCUUCCAUAAUAAGAAUGAUGGACCACUUCCUCACGACAGAAGUUUUCAAGCAGGGCUUGACUAACUAUCUAAACGGAAAAGCCUACCAAAGCGCCGAGCAGAACGAUUUGUGGUACGCCCUGACGAAACAAGCGCACAAAGACAAGGUGCUCGAUCCAAGCGUGACCAUUAAGCAAAUCAUGGACACUUGGACGUUGCAGACCGGCUUUCCGGUAGUCACUGUCACGCGAAACUACAACAAUGGUAGCGUAACGUUGACGCAGGAACGCUUCCUGCUGCGUAACAGCGCGAGGACCACAUCUCAGCCGGGACCACUAUGGUGGAUACCUAUCACUUACACAAGCGAGAAGGAAUUAAAUUUCAACAAUACUCAACCCUUGAAAUGGAUGAAGGCGGAACGCUCGAUCACUCUCAACGAUUUGGACGUAAGCUCAUCGCAGUGGCUGCUCUUUAACAUACAAGAAACUGGAUACUACAGAGUGAAUUACGACAGGGCGAACUGGCAAAUGAUAAUCAGACAAUUAAAUAAGCAAAAUUUCAAGGAUAUCUCGACGAGCAAUCGAGCGCAGUUGAUCGAUGAUGCUCUCAACUUGGCCAGGGCUGGUAAGCUCGAUUACAGCAUCGCCUUUGACGUUACAUCUUACUUGGCCCACGAAACUGAGUACUUGCCUUGGAAGGCGGCUUUCAAUGCCAUAAACUAUCUCAACGAUAUGCUGAUCAAAACGCAGGGAUACGACAAAUUCAGAUUGUACGUGUUGAAACUGCUGGACAACGUGUACAAGCAAGUCGGCUUCAUCGACAAAGCCGGUGAUCCUCAGUUGACGGUCUUCACUCGAAUCGACGUUCUAAACUGGGCGUGCAGCUUCGGUCACGAGGAUUGUGUCGGAAACGCCGUGCAGCAAUUCAGCAAUUGGCGCAAUACUCCUAAUCCAGACGUUAACAAUCCGAUUUCACCGAACUUGAAGGGGGUGGUUUAUUGUACGGCCAUCCGAGUAGGUGGACAAAGAGAAUGGGACUUUGCUUGGCAGCGAUAUCGCGCGACCAACGUGGGAUCGGAGAAGGAUCUGCUGCUGCAGGCGUUGGGUUGCACGAGGGAGACGUGGUUACUGAAUCGAUACCUGGACUGGACCAUCACCGAGAAUUCGGGGAUCAGGAAGCAGGAUGUCGGCCGCGUUUUCGGCUCGGUCGCCAGCAACGUCAUCGGGCAGCCGCUCGCGUUCAACUAUUUUAGGAAUAAAUGGGCGCGCCUCAGAGAAUACUUUGGAACAUCGCUCUUGACCGUCAAUAAUAUCAUAAGAUCGUCGACCAGAGGAAUAAGUACAAGAUACGAACUGAAAGAUCUGUUGGAAUUUGCGAAUGAACACAGGGAUGAACUCGUCAGUGCGACGCGCACCGUACAGCAAGCGGCGGAGCAAGGGGAAGCCAACAUACGAUGGAUUGACAGCAAUCACGCGACGAUCCGCGAAUGGUUGCAGAGGAACACCGCGUAAUGAUCGCUCGACGGGAGAUUAAUUAAUCGGUCCUCCGUGGUGUCGAGCCAUGAGUGGGUUGGCAUUCGGUCAGCAGCGUGGAUUAAUCGCGCAAAUUUGUUUAUAACAUUGGAAUGACACGCGAAGAUUCAGCCGCACGCGACAGCUUGCGGACACGAUGUGGCACACGAGGAACACGAAAUUACCAAAUAGCGUAUCGUCGAAUUAUCCGGGAGUAUCUACAUGCUUUUGUAUGUAUUUGUAAAUAAUAAUGCAAUCGGCAUUAUUGUAUGUACGUGAUAUUUAUGGGGAUGUCGCGGAGCACGAGCCUACGGAUCCCCAGCGCUUAUCAGGGCGAUGAUAAUCGUCCUGGUAAUUAAUUAAGUUACAGAGCAUAUUUUACAUAUGGGAAGGGUGACGUUACAUUAGGAAUCUCUUUGCGAUAGAUCUUGAACCACGGUUACUGCAGAUAUUACUCGAAGCCAGAGAAAUUUCAUAAGAUCCACUCGAUACCAAAGCAGCACCGGAGAGAUUGAUGCUUGGAGUAACAGUUAAUGAAUAUUGCGUGAGAGACUUACCGCAAAAUCUCCACUUCGAAGUCAAAGUCACAUGUACAUUAAUCAAGCAUUCAACCGGUCGCGCAAUCAAUUUGGAACGAUGCCAAACGCAUGAGAUCCGCGAUACACAAUUGUAUAUUAAAUUAUGAACAAUCAGCAUGCCAUGUUUGUAAAAGAAAUAAAUUAUUGAAACGACAAUUAACGGCGAAUUAUUGAUUGCCGUUAUUGAGAAACAAAGAGAGAUAUUUACAUGUAUGUAUAAUUAAUAUAUACAUGUUAGUCCAGCUUUCUAUUAUAUUACGCGCAGAAAGAUAUUAAUUCGUCCUGUUAAACAGAGUCGCGUUUAUAUUGAGAUAUUUAAUGAGGUACAUGUUGAAGAAAAUGGUAUUAGGUAUUUUUAAUCGUUUGUCAAUAAAGACAAUAAAAAGAUUUAUAUGUAUAAUGUGUGGCAAAUAUAUAUUAUACGUUAACAGUUACUACCAUAAUUAAUCUCUACAGGCGUUGAUUUAAUACUUCGUGUACUUAUAGAAUCUCAAAGGAUAAUUGAUCGUCAAGUUCGUGUGCGAUAAGACUUUUAAUUAAUCAAUAAAGAUUCACGAUACGGCGAUCUUGCCACGCCUGCGUGUAUUUUGUGACAGGAAAAAACGACGUUGAUCGAAAAUUUAUUACAAUACCGCUCUGUUCUGGAAACAUUGCAUCUUGUGGAUACAAUAAAAUUGAUUUUUACAAACUUC